UUUGUAAGUAGUAGGUGGCUAGUUCUCAUGUUUGUAUGUAUUACGUAAUCGUAAAGUUUUUCGUUUGAAAAAUGAGAAAAAUCUAUCCUCAAUAAAUUCACAUGCAGUGUUGUUAUAUUUUUGUAGUUUAAAGAUACAAAUUAAUUACCUUCUUCUUUUUUAUUGUUGGUCAAAUUACCAACGUGUUUCGAACGAGUUAUUAUUUUUUUUAUACAACAGCCCCUUAUCUGAGCUGCUGAUUACGAGACUGGCGACAAACGGGAGGUCUGCGUGAUGAAUAUCCAACGCACAUUGCACUGCGAUACGGUUUAGAUACGUUAGUGGUUUCAAGUUCCUUGUGAGUAUUUCGGCGAAUUCCGGUUUGAUUCUGACUCCAGUUACGAGUUACGACCGGUCGAUUUAGUUUUGUUUUGAAUAAUAUUUCAGUGAUCAGUGAUAGAAAUUUGUUUUCGUUACCUACGAAUUUUACUCAUUUCUAAUUUUGUAUAAUAGUAUAGUUAAUGUGUUAACGUAACGUAAGCUCAAGUUCGAAACGUUCCAAUUGAUUAGCCUUACAGUGUUUUUUUUUUGCUGACAAGUGUAUAAAAUUUUGAAUUUUGUUGAAAAUGAAAAUGGAAACGUAAACUCAUUGAUAUGGUACAAUGUUUCAAAAAUGAAAGUUACUUUCAACCAGUGAAAGAAAAAUAUUCAAGGAUGUUUUGAUGUGAUCGAAGCCAAAAAUUGAAGGUAGCUUUUAUGAAUCAACUCUACGACUAAAAAUAUCCAUUUGCAAUAUCUUUCUGCGGAUCAGACAGUCUAAAGAGAUAAGCAUGUUGAAAGUUGCUUCUCGAGGUGUGAUUACCCGAAACAAAAUAAAACAUGCGUUGCAUUGUAUGGGAUUCAUUUUCGUAAUCGCAUUCAUGAUGAAGCACGUAGCAUCGUUUGCUGAAUUAAGUUCAAAAAAUGCCGACGCAUGGGAAAUGUACGGACCAACAAUGUACAUCAUGAUGAGCCUAGUCAGAUUCCUAGUCUUCCUCGCUUUACCUCAAGUUGUGCUGAAUUUUCUCGGUCUAAUAUGUUUCAACGCGUUUCCGGAAAAAGUCACUUUAAAAGGAUCCUCGUUACUGACGCCUUUGAUUUGUAUACGGAUCGUAACUCGAGGCGAUUAUCCGCAAUUAGUACGCGAUAACGUGGCCAGGAACAUGGCUCAUUGCUCGGAAGCUGGAAUGGAUAAUUUUAUAAUCGAAGUAGUCACCGAUAAAAUGAUCGGAUUUCCGAAGCACAGGCGAAUUCGGGAAAUCGUUAUACCGUCCACUUAUACGCCUAAAAGUGGAGCUAUGUAUAAAGCUCGAGCUUUACAGUACUGUCUGGAAGAUGGUGUGAAUAUUUUGGCUGAUAAUGAUUACAUUGUGCAUUUGGACGAAGAAACCAUUAUGACGGUGAACUCGAUAAAAGGAAUUAUUAAUUUUAUACUCGAUGGUAAAUAUGAUUUUGGUCAAGGGCUGAUUACUUACGCCAACGAUAAAAUCGUCAAUUGGACUACGACUUUGGCUGACAGUAUUCGAGUUGCAGACGAUAUGGGUAAAUUAAGAGCCCAGUUUUACUUCUUCCAUAAGCCCGUUCUUAGUUGGAAAGGAUCUUAUGUUGUGUCCAGGGUGGAAGCUGAAAAACGUGUAUCAUUCGAUAACGGCGUCAAAGGCUCGCUGGCCGAAGACUGUUACUUCGCAAUGAAAGCUUACCAGCUCGGAUGCACUUUCAGUUUCAUCGACGGUGAAAUGUGGGAAAAAUCACCAUUCACCAUACGCGACUACAUCGAGCAGCGAAAACGAUGGGUUCAAGGACUCAUGUUGGUUGUUCUUUCGCCAGAAAUAAGCUGGCGUUAUAAAUUCUGGCUAUCUAUGUCAUUAUACGCUUGGAUUACCAUGCCUUUGACUGUAACGAACAUUGUUGUGAAUUUCUUUUUCCCAAUACCGAUGCCCAUCUGGGUGAAUUGCAUAUGCAUAUUUUGCGGCAUUGUCAACAUCUACAUGUAUUUUUUUGGCAUGAUAAAGUCGAUCUCUCUGUAUAGAAUAGGCGUUUUCAAAUACUUCUUGUGCUUAGUUGGCAUCGUCUACACGGUACUUAUAGCCACAGUCAUGGAAAAUAUUGCUGUUUUAAAAGGUGUUUUUGGUUCUAAGAAGACGUUCUAUAUCGUGAAAAAAGAUUCCAAUCAUACUUGUACCAGUGUAGCGUAGUUCUGUCGUAGGUAAGGUGUUUCUUCAAUGUAAAAAAACAAUUUGAGAAGGCAAUUGCUCAUCCGAAGUAGGCGAUGUUGAACAAGUAGUAUCAUCGUUCGUUUUCAAAUUCAGCCGAAUAUUUACCUAGAACAUACUUCAGUAUAAAAUGUAUGGAUGUGUUACAGUUUUCUUUAGAGUCAUUAUUGAUAAAGUCGGUAGGAACUAGGUAUACGUAAAUUUGUUACUCGUAGGUAGCUACUAAAAAAAUCGUGCAACGAUUUUAGAGCUUGUGUGUUCAAGGUUUCCCCAUUUUUUUUUUUUUUUUUUUUUUCAUUUCUUUUCGUUAUCAAGUUGUGUAUGUGUAGAGUUGUGUUAUUUUCAAUUGCAUGUAUUUCUAUUUCUUCUUCUUCUUUUUUUUGAAAUAUGAAAGUAGCAGAAAUAAUAAAUAUUAGAUAAACGCCAUUAUUCAUUUUUAUCUCAGAUUUUUCUCGCAGAAUUUAACAGGUAUGUAGAGUAAUUGUUAUGAAUGAAUUUUCAUGGUGAUGUGAACUUUUUCUCAUUAUGAAAAUUAAAAUCAAUGCGUGGUCGAACUUUGGUGUGAAAAUAGUUUUUUAGUUUUUUCCCCCUUCAAUUUUAUGGUUAGGUAUAUUUACGUAUAGGUACUUAUUUUGAUUUAUGAAGUUUUAUUAUGAUCUUUUUUGUGAUAUUAUUUAGUAUUGUAUUUCAUUAUGAGUUUUUUUUAAGAAAUCGUUAUUUUAUUUUGUUUGUACCUACUUUUAAAAUACAUGUAUCUGGAGUUAUA